GGUACAUUUUUAAAAUAAAGAUAAUAAAAUACCUAAACAAUUUAAAUUUAAAAUUUAAAAAAUUAAAACGCAUCUACGAAACUAAUUACCAAAUUACCAAAUUCAUAAAGGUACCUAUAAUUAAGAAAAAUGUCUGAAGAUUUUCUGAAAUGCCAACUAGGCUUUUUAGGAAACACCGAAGGAUCAGCAUAUUUAUCUCAAGGUAAAAGUACCGUUUCUGUGUCGGUUGUUGGACCAUUUGAACCCAAAGCUAGUAAAUGCAUGUAUGACCGUGCUACCGUGGAUGUGACUUUUAGACGAAAAACUGGAAGCAUAACUGUUCAUGAUAAAAUGUUAGAAGGUAUAAUGCAAUCAACAUGUGAAAAGUCCCUAGUUGUUGAACAAUACCCCAGGACAACAAUUGUUGUAACAGUCCAAGAAAUGCAGGACAGAGGAAAUUUAUUGUCCACUUGCUUGAACGCUUCUUGUUUGGCUUUGAUGAAUUCUGGUAUUGCUAUGCAUCAUUUAUAUGCAGCCGUUAGUUGUGCAGUCACCGAGAACCAAGAAAUCAUUCUCAAUCCAGAUGAAUCACAAAUAAAUUCUUCUGUUGCAUAUUUUACACUAGUGUUUGCAAACUCUGAAACCAGGUUUCUGUUAACAUCACAUACUACCGGAGAAUUCUCACAAAAAACAUAUAUGGAAUGUAUGAACAAAUGUUACACAGCUAGUAAAGAGGUUUUUAAUUUUUAUGAAAAUGUCAUAAAAAAAAGUUUUAUUUUCAAUUAAAUGUCUAAUAUUUUACUGUUUGGCUUUUGUUGUAUUAAAUGUUGAUUAUGUAAAACAAAAAAAAACUUAAACAUAAUGUUAAUUAUUUUUGAUUGUGAACCUCUUAUGUGAGCAAUAAAUUUUCAUACCAUUGA